AUGCACGACAUUGAUUUCCGUCACGCUAAGAGCCACCUUGAGCACUACUGGCGCCAACUCUUUGGCGGAGAUCGAUCGAAAAAGCGCAGACGUUUAAUGUUAUCGGUGGAUGCCAUUGCACAGGCUAGGUCCUCAGCCGACACCUCUACAACUGCUAUCACUUCCGUCGCAUCGAGUCAAAAGCUAGAGCCCGGUCCAAAAGUGGAUGACCCCACUGAAGCAAUCGACCUCCAAGAAAACAGCAAGGUCUGCCAGAAUCAAGCUCUUCUUAACGAUGAUGCUACUACUGCAGAUAAACACCACACUCUUAGCUCGGAAAAUGCCAAAGGAGAUUCACAGCAGACACUUUCCUCUAUCAUCACAAGUAAAACGUCAUUGUUAAUGGGCUCAGCUCUGUAUGUUGAACAAACAACAAGACGAGCCGGUAGACCGCGGUCAAGCUACCCACCACCGCAACAUAUUUCACUGUCGAGGUAUAUUUCGCGGGCGCAAGGACCAACACUAGGCUCUAUCAUGCAGCGUAUUCACCUCAAUGACGGCGAUGUGAGCGAGCUAGAUUUCUCGGCUCUUGCUCAGCGUAACAAGCGUCUGGGAUCUGAAGGGUGUGCUUUAGUGGCACGCUCGCUGUCGACUAACCACACUGUUCGGAAGCUCAUUAUUCGAGACCACGCUAUCGGAGACGAUGGUGCUUUUGCUCUCUCCAAAAUGCUAUGCAACAACACAACUCUGGAGUAUUUGGAUCUAUACGGGAACAAUAUCAGUCAUCGAGGAGCUGAAGCACUAGCUCAGGCACUGUACGGACACGACUCAUUGACGCAUUUGUGUUUGAGAAACAACUUGAUAACUGAUCAAGGUGCUGAGGCUCUAGCUCAGUCUAUCACGUGCAACUGUAUGCUCAAGUCUCUGGAUCUUGCUCAGAACCGAAUCACGCGAGUAGGAGCUCAGUCGCUGCUGGAUGCAUUAGAUGCCAAUUUGCAUUUGAAGGUCGUUAAUCUGGACGCAAACAAUGUACCAGCAUUCAUCGGAGGCCAACUUGCUGCAGCAUUAGCACGCAAUCGUGCCAAGUCAUUGAUACUUGAGUCACAUGCUGCGGAGAAGAAGGCCGAGAAUAUCGUCCGCAGGGCCAGUGUCUUGAAUACCCGAGACGAAGACGAAAACAGCAGCGAAACGCAAGAAGAUUGGGAAGAUGACGACGAUGAGAGUGUAUCGAGCGGGUUCUUGAGCUGCUCUGGAGUGACGGAUAUUCCGUUGAGCAACAGCGGUCAUUGGAUUUAG